UUGAAGUGGUAAAACAGUUACUAAUGGAGGUAGAUCCAAAAUUUUCGUUUGGUGCUGGUGAGAACCCACUUUACUUGGCUGUCGAGAGACGCUUUCCAAAUUUGGUGUCAGAAAUUUUAAUCAAAUUUAAGUCACCAGCUUAUGAUGGCCCCUUUGGUAGAACGGCUUUGCAUUCAGAAUUUUGGGAUGAUGAAGGAAUUAACAAAAACAUUUUGGGAAGAUACGGAUGCGAUCAAUGUAAACAAGCAGACCAAAAUGGUGUUAGAGAAUAUUCAGAUUCAUUACCAUCAUCAAAUGGAGGAUUAAAUGGAGAUGAUGGAGGCUUAAUUAGUGGCUCGAGUGAAGGCCAACUACAAAUAUGGAAAAACAAACCAAGAUGACAAAGUGUCAACUGUCCUGCUACAAAUUGUCAACUGUCCUGCUUUAUUUCUUUCCUUGAUACUAGCUUGUAUACUUUCCUUUCAAUGUAAUUAGCUUGUAUACUUUCCUUUUUUGAAUGUA